AUGAAACUAUUUUCUUCAAAAGUUCGCUUUUUGGGACAUAAUAUUAAUAAGGGACUAAUAGUUCCGAUUGAUCGAGCAAUAUCCUUUGCUGAUAAGUUCCCUGAUGAAAUUAGGGACAAGCAACAGUUACAAAGGUUGAAAAAGAACCCGGUUCCUUGGUCUGAUGAACACACUAAAGCUGUUAGGAGAUUGAAAGUAAAAGUCAAAGAACUUCCUUGUCUAGCUUUAGCCAACCCAGAAGCCUUUAAAAUCGUAGAAACCGAUGCUUCAGAAGUAGGAUAUGGGGGAAUCUUAAAACAGAAAGUUGAUAACUCAGAACAAUUGGUUAGGGUGAGAACCAAAAGUUCAAGCCAGAUGACUACAAGUAAGAGCUCCUCAGCUCUUAUCAAGUCAUCCCCUAAUAAUCCAAAGCCUUUGAUGUCUUCUUCUCCAUACAAUAAGGGUAAGGAGAAGCAGAUCGCUGAAAAUCCUUUUGAUGAGUAUAUGAAUAUGGAUCACCUGGCUCCCACCAAGAUCGUCCCAGCUCUUAUCCCAUCUCCCGAUUAUGUUGUUGCUCAGCCUUUGGUCACUUCUUCUGAUUUAAGUGUUUCCCAAAGGUUACAACUGUUGAUAGAUCAGCCAGGAUCUUCAUCCUCUAAAGAAGACUUGAAAAAGAAAGUCCUCGAGAUUCUUGAUUUGGACAACGAAUCUAUGGCCUUAGCAUCUGCCACCCAACCUGAAGAUGAGGUGGACCCCUUUGCCAAUGAAGACAUGAUGGACAAUUUCCACCCAUAG